GAACCGCUGGGGCGGAAUUGGAGGUCCCGGCCUCCACGUCCUCCAUCCCCAGCCCCCUCUUCUGGGACGCACGGGGGACUCGAAGUUGGGAUCUGGGGCAGGUUUGGGUGUGGAUCAGGGGCCAAACUCCUGGAAUUGCCAGGGGAGUUUGGGCUGCGGCUGGAAUUUCAACUUGGAGCAUUUGGAAGAAGGCUGCGGAGUCCGAGAGUGGACAGCGGGGAAGAUUCGAACUCGCAACUCUGGGAGUGUGGAAAUUCCCGUCCGGGAUUCCAAGGAAGCUCCUCCUGAUCCCAGGCUGGGACAGGCGCCGCCCUGGGUCCUACAGCCCUCUGGGUUGCCCCAUCCCAGCCCUGCCCACUCUGCGUCGUCAGUGUUGGGGGACUUGGCUGUCUCUCUCAUUGGACCGGGAGUCCCGGGAGGGCAGGCGAGGGCUGUUGUUGGUCACUCCGGUGUCACUAGCACCGCCCCGCACAGAGCCAGGCACAGAGGAAGCGCUUGGGGAAUAUGUGUGGAAUAAAUUAAUGAAUGGGGAAACUGAGGCCAAGUCUGUGGCAGAAACAGGAUUCAAACCCAAGUCUCUGUGCUGAGAGAAGGGACCUAGUUUGAGCUCCAGCCAUCUCUACUCCACUGAGGCCGGCCCGGAGUCGGGGUACAUAAACGGCGCUCAAUAACGACACUGGAAUUGGACUGCUUCGCAAUCAGAGAUUCUGAAGCCCACACACCUAUUUCUCAAACCUCCGCAGUCCUCCAGGACCAUAGAGAGCUGCGCAGGGACUGCCCCUCUCAUGCUCAACCUCUCCGGGGAGCAGCGAGAGCGGCUCGAGGGCCAGAGAGGCCGGAAGUGUGGUGAGCCCGGGGCCGCGCUGGCCGUCCCGGCGGUGGGACGCCUCGGUUCCCCUCUGGUGUUUUCCUGGCGGCCUCGGACUGGGAGACCCUAGAUGGACCCUGGGAAGGAUGAGGAGGGGGUGCCGCAGCCCCCAGGGCCGCCCCAAAGGAAGAAGUUCAUCAUACCACUGGACGAGGAUGAGGUCCCUCCUGCUGGGGCCAAGCUUUUAUUCAAAUCCACACGGAGCCUUCCCACCGUGGAGACCCCGGCCCAGGUGGCCCCUCAGACCUAUGCCGAGUAUGCCAUCUCGGGGCCUCCGGGAGGGGCUGCAGUCACAUGUCCCAGUCCCACGGGGCCAGACCCUCCGGCAGGAGAAACCCCCAACCAGGCCCCGAAACCGGGGGCAAAAUCCAACAGCAUCAUUGUAAGCCCCCGGCAGAGGGGCAACCCCGUACUGAAGUUUGUGCGCAACGUGCCCUGGGAAUUUGGCGACGUGCUCCCGGACUACGUGCUGGGCCAGAGUACCUGCGCCCUCUUCCUCAGCCUCCGCUACCACAACCUCCACCCAGACUACAUCCACCAGCGGCUGCAGAGCCUGGGAAAGAACUUCGCCCUGCGAGUCCUGCUCGUCCAGGUAGACGUGAAAGACCCCCAGCAGGCCCUCAAGGAGCUGGCUAAGAUGUGCAUUCUGGCUGACUGCACGCUGGUCCUUGCCUGGAGCCCCGAGGAGGCUGGGCGGUACCUGGAAACCUACAAGGCCUACGAGCAGAAGCCUGCGGACCUACUGAUGGAGAAGCUAGAGCAGGACUUCAUCUCCCGGGUGACUGAUUGUCUGACCACCGUGAAGUCAGUCAACAAAACAGACAGUCAGACCCUCCUGGCCAUUUUCGGGUCUCUGGAACAGCUCAUCGCUGCAUCGCGGGAAGAUCUGGCCUUGUGCCCAGGCCUGGGGCCGCAGAAGGCCCGGAGGCUGUUUGAUGUCCUACAUGAGCCCUUCUUAAAAGUACCCUGAUGACCCCAGCUGUCAAGGAGGCCCCAAGUGUCAUAAUAAAGCAUUUGCCCAUUCCAGGCUC